AUGUUUUCUCGGCGCCGUAAGGUCGCUGUCGUGGCGGAACGCCCGUCGCUUACUUGGCACUUAAUGCGCGAGGAGUACCACCCCAUAUUCGUGACCGACUCCAGUGAACGGAUUGAGUAUUGGUACAACAAACUUGCAACGCAGCAUCAGCGUGAAAACUUUCGCCGCAUCUGCAAAGAGAUCUCGCAACAGGACCCUGAGCGGGGGCUCCCCAAGAUGAGUGCACUAUAUUCACUUCAGUACUGUAUCUGCGAAGCAGACUCAAUGAUUAGACAUUACGGCUUCAUGUUUUCUGUUCUCGGAAAGAAACUAGCCCGUCUCUGGAUCAUGCAUGAUGCCUCGCAUCGCGACAAGAAUACCUUUACUGAAUUAUUUACGGGGUUGCAAACGGAUUUCAUUCCCAAGUCAGUGAUGAAAACCGACUUCCAGCCACCUGAGCAAGGGGACUACGAGGGCAUUGAUCGUAGUCACUUCCUCAGUUCUAUUGACUGGUUUAACCCUGAGUCCAAACGAAAUCUUCCACGAGUGGAUAUCCAAAAGUUUGGUAACAAAAUUGCUUCAACGCGAGCAAGCCUGCCUGUGAAAAAGCCGAAGAAUCAAUUUGACGGUGUUUCUCCGCUGGCAGUACUUGGUUACACGGGCGAUUUGGAUACGGAGAUAGAGAAGUUGCGGGAGAAACAGCAGAAAAGCGAAGAGGCCGAGCGUUACUACGUGGAGGACGGAUGUACGGUAUAUGUGGCGGGUCGGAAAGAAAACCGACGAGCCGCAACACUAUCAAAGAAUAGAGUUAUAGCAACUUUUUAUGGUGACUGA